UAUUUCUAAAUACAAUCCUCGUAUUCAAAUAUUAUCAUUGGAAAAAUGAUUAUUUCUUUGUUUUAAUGCAAUUAUCUUUAAAAUUUAUUGUAGUUUAUUCUCGUUAAAUAUAAGUUUAUUUUUUUCAAAGGAUCGUUAUGAAGUAAUUCAAAUAGAUUCAGAAUGAUCCCAUCGGACUGUACUUUAGAUAUUUCAAAUGUAUUUCAUUCCACUACUGUAGUUAUUGAAGGAAGUUGUUUAAGCAAGUCAGAACCGACUGCAGUGUUAAGAGAUGUAUCCGCUCGAGUUCAUGGUGGUGAAGUAUUAGCAAUUCUGGGUUCAAAAGGAUCUGGAAAAAGAGCUCUACUCGAUGUAAUUGCCGGAAGAGCAGAGGGAGAAACUAGGGGUAGAGUCACCUUAAAUAAUAAUUUAUUAACUCCAGAAUUAUUCAGACGACAUGGUGGAUACGUUGCUCAUAGAUGUCAUUUAUUACCUAGUCUAACAGUUCGACAGACAUUGAUAUAUGCCACAUGGCUUGCUAAUUUAAACAAUAGAGAAGCAAGGCUUCGACAAACUUUAGCUGAUCUGGCUUUAUCUCAAGUCGCAAAUAGAUCAGUAAAUGAUUUAACAAAGCCGGAAUACAGAAGACUAAUGUUGGGAGUGCAAUUAGCUAAAGAUCCCACAUUGUUACUUUUGGACGAACCUACAUGGGAUACCGAUCCUUUGAACACAUAUUUAAUUGUUUCUAUGCUUUGGUCUUAUGCAACUAGAAGGGGAUCCAUUGUUGUUUUAACGAUGGAAACUCCUAGAUCAGAUGUACUACCUUUCGUUAGUCGAGUGACUCUUUUAUGUUUAGGAGCAGUGGUUUAUUCAGGGCCAACUCGGAGUAUGUUAGAUUAUUUUACUUAUAUCGGUUUUCCAUGUCCUGAACUUGAAAAUCCUUUAAUGUAUUAUUUGUGUCUAUCAACUGUCGAUCGCCGCUCUAGAGAUCGUUUUUUAGAAUCUAAUCAGCAGAUAUCUGUUCUAGUUGAAAAAUUUAAAGCUGAAGGUGUUAUUUAUAUGAAAGAGGCACCCCAAGUUCCACCCAAUGUCAAAGAUACGCCUUUAGGAAUUAUGCACAAAGGUUUAGGACGAGGGAUUAAACCAGGAUGUUUCUCUACUCUAUUUGCUCUUUACUUGAGAGGUAUGGCAGCAACAUUUGCUUUCAAUAAAUGUGGUUUGGGACACUUUGCUGCUAGAUUAUUAUUGCUGCCAUUUUCUAUAGCCUUAAUGAGCAUUUUAUAUUCACAUUCGACUCCUGUACAAUCCAGAAUAUUUCUACAAACAGGUGGUUUAGUUUUUAAUGUAGUAACAUUGUUCUAUGUUGUUGGAAUAGCAUGCACAGCUCUUCUUUUUCCAGGAUAUCGAGCCAGAUAUUAUCAAGAAAAAAGAGAAGGUCUAUAUGGUGGAGCUAUGUUCUUAACUGCAUAUGCAUUAUUGAGUUUGCCAUUGAGUUUCGUAUCCACUAUGAUUACUAUUGGUAUUCUCGUACCUAUUUUAGAGCUAGAUUUAUCCACUUGGGCUUAUGCCUGUGGUGUUUUAUGGGCUAGCUAUGUAGCAGCAGAACAAAUAACUGUAGCUGUGCUUAUGAUUAUUGGCAAACCUUUUACAGGUGGAAUAAUAGUCUUGUACAUGACAUUAGUAUCUUUGAUAGUUUCAUCAGGUACCAUAAGGAGUCUGAAAGGCUUGCCUUAUUGGCUUGCUGCAAUUUCUACUACAUUACCUGCUAGAUAUGCAUCAUUAGCUCUAAAUCAAUUAGCAAUUGAUGUGCCCAUAUUUUUAAAUUUACAUUAUAAUGAGAGUUUCACAUGCCCAGGAAUACCAGAAUUAUGUAGAUAUCCAGAUGGAAGAUCUUAUUUAAUAGAACGCUUUACACGUGAAGGUGAAAAUAUUUCAGAAGUAUUAAAUGUUGACUUAAAUUUAUUAAUUUCAUUGGCUUUUGCUGUUGGAUUAAGUAUAUUAAAUAGUGUUUUGUAUUUAUUACCACUUCCAGCAAGAAUAAAAGCCAAAUUCAGAGAGUAAUUUUUGGAAAUUUUAAAAUGCUAAAAAUAUAAGAAAAAUAUUUGA